GCCGCGCGCCGCCACUCCGCAUCGCUCUGCCGCCGGGGAAACGCGUGCUCACUCCGCCGCCGAAAGUUUCGAAACAGCCUCUUACAAGUGUUGCAACCGCCGCCCGCAACACUCUCGAAAUCGUGUGUCUAUCGGAAUUACGAUUCGCAACAUUUUUUUGUCGGUCGUUUUCACCGAGUGCAUUCAGUGUGGAAGCCGCAUUCCGAACCGGUGUUCUUUAAUGGACGAGUGUACUACUGUGUGUGUUCAGUGACUGGUUUAGUGUCGCCGUGAACUAGUGCUUAGAAAGUUCCCCUCGAGUGAACCCUCCCGUGUCGUUCAUAAUGUAAGAUUGAUAAAAAGCUACUAGAAAUGGCUCUCGGUGCGCUCAGUGAAAACGAGCGUCUUUGCUUGGACGCAAAAAGCCAAGAACGACAGGACGUCGAGAAACCGACGUCGGACGUGAAGUCGAACGGUUUGAGAGUUCGCUUUCUCGAUGAGGAGGGCAAAACUGAAAGAACGGUCGACGCCGAUGAAGUGGACAGUGCCGUGAAUCGGGUCAAAAAGAUACACAUUCUUAAAAACAGGAGCUCGAGCGAAACGAGCAUUCUCUUGCGAAACACCUCUCUCAUAAAGAGGCGUUCGACGGAGCGCAGAUACAGCGAUGGGAAUCCAGACAGCUUGAAUAACAAUUCGCUCAGAGAGAAUCUGAACGGUAAAAGUGAGAUAGAAAAGACUGAAGACGGUACCAAAGAGAGUCACUUCCGACGCAACAGCAACGUGUACAGCGUCAACCAGGCGAAGACGUUGACGCCGGAGCGGAAGCGAAUCCCGCUAACGAUCCCGCGGCUGAUCAGCCACAGAGAGCACGUAAAGAGCAUUCUGCCCGCGGAAGUGUGUCUCGCAGAUGUCGGUACCGGGAAGGACUUUACGGCCCGUGCGAUUGGGAAGUUGUCCCGGGGUUUAGGAAGGCUGCUGCGUCGCACCAACAGCGUCCGGAUCAGUGAGCCAGAUCCUGUGUACAAAGUUGCGUAUCUUGGCAACGUGCUCACCGGCUGGGCUAGAGGUGAGGGUUGCAUAGAGAAGCCGCUCGCUACUCUAUGGCGCAACUACCAACAAUCCACGAAACCCGACGUGGUCAUGAAGCUCUCCGUCACCAACUCCGGCCUCAAAGGCUUCACCAAAGAACACGGACUCACGGAGUACUGGUCCCACCGCAUCACCUACUGCACCAGCCCACCCCACUACCCCAAGCUCUUCUGCUGGGUCUACCGCCACGAAGGGAAGAAACUGAAACACGAACUCCGUUGCCACGCCGUUUUAUGCACCAAAGAAUCCAUUUCAAAGAGAAUUUCUGAAGAAUUACAAGUUAAGUUAAAACAGGCCCUAGUCGAAUUUAAGAAGGAUCGUAUCUGCAAACAGAACGCCAGGCUCAGCCUUGCGAAUAGCAUCUAUGAGAAUCCCAGUAUGCCCCGUAGAAAGAUAAUGCUCAGUGUAGGCGCACUCAAUUAUAGGCCACCGUUGGAGCGUUCCAAAUCAGCUCCAAAACUCGGUGCUAUUGAGGAACUUUGCUCGGAAGAAGACGAAGAAGAAGCUGAGAUGAAUGCGAAGAAACCUAUAGAUGACGAUUACGACACACAAACUCUGGACAGGCGGCGGCAGGAUGUGAAAUCACCUCGCAAAUUAUCAUGUCCAGACGUCGUCAAGCGAAUCCGUUCUGAAUCAGAAGGUUCGGACGCCGCUGAUGACAUUAUACACCUUCUCGUCCGCGAGACAAAUUACAAAACUGAAACCGAGGAACCUAGUCACAAUGAUACCGACAAAUUGAUAAAACCACUAGAAUCGAUAGCGGAGAUGGGUGAAUUGAGCACGAUUUGUGAUAGAAAGGAAUUGCUACAAAGUAACUACCUCGUCACGGACAGCGACGACGGUUCUGUUUCUUCAGGAUGUGAGACUGCAAGUACGGUGACGUCGUCUGACACUGAGCCCAUCUCUCUGCCACAAUUCCACGAAGAGAACAAAGAGGACAGCGAUGACGAACGAGUGUCAGCAUUUGACAGCGUGCGUUUUGGCACCAUACGUGGCAGCAGCAGGAGCUAUAACCAUGCAUCAAUAAAGGAAGAGUGCGAAGACAUCUCAGAUGAGGUGAACCACGUACCGAUCGGAGAGAGGAACGGUUUUCGACGACGGUCCACAUACCCGCUGCUACGAGGUGACUCCGGCGUGACGAAUCUCGAAGGCAAAUUUGAGUCGCUCAUUGACAAUCUAACAGAUGUAGAGAGCUUGCACUCGAGCACUGAAACCGAUGUAUUCAAAACGGUCGGCGACAACGACAGCGCUUGCAGCGAUGAAUCGGGAUAUUCUGAACUGCUGGAAAAGGAAAGCAUUAUUGGCAACACGAUAAUGGUUUAAUUUAACGCCACAUACAUGCACGGUUAAGAUGAUAUCUAGUAUAGAUUAAUAUAUGUGUGAAUAGUAGAUAAUUAUACAUGUAAAUAAAUAGAGAGAUAUUAUGUACUUUUUCAGCUUGUUUUGUAUAUAUUGUAAAAUAAGAUUUAUUAAGUCGUGAUUUAUAUGAGAUUUCAUUAAAUUCUAAUUCUAUUGGAUGACCGUAUUAUGUUAUGAAUAAUAUAUGAUAUAGAACCAUCUUAUUGAAUUAUUGUAAGUAUGCUCGUCACAUUGUCACGGUUAGUAGGUACUUACACAUUCCAUGUUUAUACAUUUGUAUCUCAGGUCAUUCACCUAUGUCUGUAGAGAAAAAUUACUUUAAAAAAUAAAUAUUAAAAACAGUUAAA